CACUGGCUACUAUUUUUGACAGUGAAAAGGAAGAACUGAGGAGAAAACAAACUAUGAAAGUAUUGGUUAUUGGCCUUGGAGGUGUGACAAAUGGGGGGAAAACAACGCUGGCAGAAAAGCUUAAGAAAAUGCUUCCCAACUGUGAUAUAAUCUCUCAAGAUGACUUCUUUAAGCCAGAGUCUGAAGUAGAAACAGAUGAACGUGGAUUUAAGCUAUAUGAUGUACUUGAUGCCCUCUAUAUGGAUGAAAUGGUGAAAAGUAUUCGCAAUUGGAUGAAAAACCCAGCAAGCUCAGGUGUUGUGACAGAAGAGACACAGAAUACAUGUGGCAAUCUGAAAAAUACAGAUGAUGUUUAUAUUUUGAUUGUUGAAGGCUUUCUGCUAUACAAUUAUGAGCCGCUUAAUGAACUGUGGAAUAGAAGAUUUUUUUUGACCCUUCCUUAUGAAGAGUGCAAAAGGAGAAGGAGCACCAGAGUCUAUCAGCCAGCAGAUACACCGGGGUACUUCGAUGGACACGUGUGGCCUAUGUAUCUGAAAUAUAAAAAUGAAUUGGAAGAGAAUGCAAGUAACGUUGUUUAUUUGGAUGGAACAAAAUCCCAAGAGGAGCUUUUAUCCUGUGUGUAUAGUGAUAUAACAAAGGAAUUAAAAAAGCUGAGGGAAGGAAAUCAGCAGGUCACAGCAUGA